CUCGACAAGAGACGUCAGCCAACGGGGACAUGAUGGCCAGCGUCCGAGGCUGCAGUUCGACGCCGUUGCUGCUGCAGACGCUCAGCUCAGCUCGACUAGGGCUGUACAGAGGGACCUGCACGCGCAUCGCAACGCCCCUGCUCAUUGGUGGGCCUCGAAGCUUCUUCUCUUCAUGUCCUUGCCUCUCGCCGCUCCGCCCUUCUAGUGCACCGACAACCCCCGCUUGCUCCCCGAUAUUGGCUUUGCUCAGUCGCGCGAGAUACAGCACGGUAUCCAUUGAUGCAUCGCUCCAGCAGCAGGAGAGGGGAACACCGCCGCAACGAGGCGAAGGGAUACCAGCCAUCAGCGAAUCUCAGGCACAGCAAGGAUCAAGCGUGACACGGCCAGCGGUGGCCUACCACCUCUUCUUCUGCGCCUUUCUCGUCUUUGCCGUCAUUGUUGUCGGGGGCCUCACCAGGCUCACCGAGUCGGGUCUGAGCAUCACCGAAUGGAACCCCGGGCUGAAGGGCAUGCGUCUGCCCUGGACCGACGCCGAGUGGGCCGAGGAGUGGGACAAGUACCGCCAGACGCCCGAGUGGGUCAUUCUCAACCGGCACAUGACCGUCGACGACUUCAAGAGCAUCUACAUGUGGGAGUGGUCCCAUCGCAUCCUCGGGCGCAUCAUUGGCGUCACCUUUGUUCUCCCAGCUCUCUACUUUGUUGUCAGGGGGCGGGUCUCGGCGGGUACUCGGUGGAAGCUCCUCGCCAUUGCUUCAGGCAUCGGUUUCCAGGGCGCCCUGGGCUGGUACAUGGUCAAGAGCGGCCUGGCUGCACCCGACGAGAGCGCACCCGCCCUGGCACCCAGCCACCCCAACACGACUGUCUCGUCGACGAGCGGUGACAAGGAUGUGCGACUCGAUGGUGUCGCUCAUGCGGCCUCGCAGCCGUCGACGAGCGCCGGCGAGAGCUGGCACCCGCGCGUGUCGCACUUCCGUCUGGCAGCCCACUUGGGGACUGCCUUCUUGGUCUAUCUCGGCAUGCUGCACACGGGUAUCUCCAUCCUCCGUGAUCAUGCCGUCGCCACGGGCACAAGCCGGGCAGGAGGCUGGUCGAUGUCAGUCAAGGACAAUGCGCAGCGACUGGUGGCUGCCCUCGAUGACCCGCGCGUCCGUCGCUUCCGAGGCCUGUCUCGUGGCGUGGCGGGCCUCGUCUUUGUCACGGCCAUGAGCGGUGCCCUCGUGGCCGGUCUGGACGCCGGCCUCGUCUACUCGGAGUUCCCUUACAUGGGCGAAGGCUUUGUGCCGCCGAGAGAGGAGCUGCUCGACGAGCGGUACCGUCGAUCGAGCGACAGCAACCUCAUCGUGGCCAACAUGACGUCCAACCCAGUGACGGUGCAGCUCAUCCACCGGUGCUUGGCCAUCACCACCCUCUGCUCCGUCCUCGCGCUCGGCUGGAGGAGCCGGCGGCUGUCCUCGUCGCUCCUGCGCUCCAAGACACCGCUGCCGCCCAUGGUCCCGCGCAUGGCCCUGCUGGCGUCCCUGGCAGCCGUGACGCAAGCCUCGCUCGGCAUCUCGACGCUCAUCUACCUCGUCCCCAUCGAGCUCGCCAGCCUUCACCAAGCCGGCAGCGUCGUGCUGCUCUCGGCCAUGUGCGCGCUCCUGGCUUCGCUCAGGCCGCCCAGCCGACUGGCACUUUUGGCACGCCAGGCCCUCCUCAGGUCGCCAUCAUCGCCGACUCGAAAUACAGAGAUUGUCUCGAGGGCCCUCAAGAGGGUGCAGCGCUGAAGCCGUCCGUCCCUUUCUACCCUUUCUCUUCCCACAUAAUUUGUAAUUGCACCCACCACUCAUCUCUCCUCUGUACUGUAUGAUCACCAUCAUCAUCAUUAACACCACUCGCAAUAAGAGAAGGACUGUUCGAAGAAAG